GCACGGGGGUAAAGCAUGAGGUCGUCGGUUAAAUUUGUGGCCCGUUGUGGCACCAGUGCGGGUCUGUUCGGUGCCAGUGCCAGUUCGUCGGGAGUAAGCGCAGCAAGUGUGCCGUUUAUCCGCGCGUUUGCCACCAGCAUCACCACUACGAGCAAAAGUUUGCAUUGCGUGUUGCCUCGAGCAACGGCAGCUGGCUGUCAGGUAAACUGUCAAAACAUUGGCGCCUCGUUGUGUUGGCGCACGCUGCCGUGUUGCUACGGGACCGGAACAUCUGAACGGUUUUAUUCGCGCUACUCUGCCAACCGCAUCAUGACCGGGGCGGACACAUUUAGCUUUGCCGACUACGACUGUGUCGGGUUUGAUCUGGACAACACGCUGCUGCGGUACAGGAUCGGUGAGAUGAUCGAGCUCGAGUAUCGGACCGUGUCGCGGUUUCUGGUGGAACAGCGUGGCUAUUCAGGUCGGCAUUUGUUACAACCGCUCGACAAGGACUUUCUGCAACGCGGGCUGAUUAUCGACUUUCAACGGGGUAACAUCCUGAAGCUUGAUCCGGACGGUGUUAUACAGCAGGCGACGCACGGCACGAAGCGUAUGGCAGACGAAGAAAUCCGUGCCUACUACGGUGACGAGAAACGGUGGGAAGUGACGAACGAGUACUGUCGGAAUAUGUUGGUGGCCUGGAAUGGGCCACUCUCCGAGCAGAUACGGACGGUGCUGGAUUAUUUCGACAUUUGCGCGACACUUUUGUUCGGGCGCGUGAUCGAUACGUUGGACGAGGAGGCCCAUGAACGCAUCGGUCGGUAUAACGUGUGGCCGGACAUUCUCGAUGGGCUGGUGUACAUGUACUCGCGUGAUCAUUUCGGCGCAAACAUAGGUGGUUAUUUCGAAGCCUUGAAAGCUAAUCCGGAACAGUACCUGCAGAAAGCUUCACCGGAGUUGAUCCGUUGGCUGCGGGAGCUAAAGAAAACGAAAACCACCUUCCUUGUGACGGGUUCGCAUAUAGAUUUUGCGAACUUUACCGCUUCGUACGCGUACGGACCGGAUUGGCCGGAGUUGUUUGAUGUGGUGGUUGGAUUUGCGAAGAAACCGGGCUUCUUUACGGCUGGAAAACCGUUCGUACGGCUCGAGGGCCAUGAUGAGACGGAACCGCUAACGGCUGGACAGUUGGAACGGUAUGGAGUUUAUUCGCAAGGAAAUUGGCGCGAUUUGACGGUGUUGCUGGGUAAAAUUUGCCACAAAUCUGACCCACGCUAUCUGUACGUCGGGGACAAUCUGAUACAGGACAUGUACACACCGUCUAAGUAUACGACAGCGGAUACGGUGGCGAUCGUGGAGGAGAUGGAAGCGGAAGGAAUGCGUGAUUGUGAUGCCGGACAUCCGGACGCACCGUACAUUGUGUCCAAGUUUUGGGGAUCGUUCUUUACGACACGAUCCGGUCCGGGCGUUGAGGAUGCUUCGCUGUGGGCGGGACUUAUAAAGCAGCACGCCAAAAUUUGCGUUCCCUCCAUGAAUGAGGUGGCCAAAUAUCCGCUCGAUCAUUGUUACAAUAGUUUCACGGAGAAUGUUAGCUGCAACGGUUACUAUCCGGCCGAGCCGCUGAAGUUGGUCAACAAUUGAAU